GGGAGCAGCGCGGAGUCCCCGGGAGACCGAGGCGCCGCCAUGGAGCCGCCCGCCGCCGCCUGGGGCCUGCUCAGCGUUACCGGCGUGGAGGUGCGGGCCGGGCAGCGGGUGCCGUGCGCGCUCAGCCUGGGCCGGCGGAACGGCCGCUACGGGGUAGUUAUCCAUUCACAGAAGAAAGAAAACUCUGAUCCGGAGUACGUUCCCAUCAACAGCCGCUUUAAAUGUGUCCAAGAGGCAGAGGAGACUCUCCUGAUUGAUAUAGCCACAAGCACAGGCUGCAAGGUCCGGCUGCAAGGGGACGGGACGGCCGAGCGGCUCUUUGAGAUCCCCGACGAGGAGCGGUGCCUGGCGUUCCUUUCGGAAGUGCAGAGCAUUCAGGAAGCCCACCUGAAAGCUUCUCUUCUGGAGCAGAAGGACUCAGCCAGCUGGCACCAGGUGGAGAGGAAGCUCCCAGCUCUGUCACAGGCCUCUCCAGGAGCUCUGGGGUUUGAGGAUGACUUCAGCAGUCUAAGCCUGGAAGAGAAAAGAAACAUGCAAAACCACCAAACGGGAUCUCGCCGGGAACCGCCCCCUCCUCCUGUGCCUCAAAGCAGGCAGUUUCACCGAGAAAGAGAAGGAGCAUCAAGAGACCAGUCAAAAGUCACCAACACCAUGCGCAAAAUGUUCCUGCCCAGCACCCAGUCGGGGCAGAGGGAAGGCCUCCUCAAACACCUGCUUACCAAGAGGGAGAAGGCCUAUGUCAACCUCCACAACUUCAGGUUCUUUGUGGGCACGUGGAACGUGAACGGGCAGUCCCCAGACAGCAGCUUGGAGCCCUGGCUGGUGUGUGACACUGAGCCCCCAGACUUCUACUGCAUCGGGUUCCAGGAGCUGGACCUCAGCACGGAGGCUUUUUUCUACUUUGAUUCUGCAAAGGAGCAGGAAUGGCUGGUUGCUGUGGAGAAGGCCCUGCACCCUCAGGCCAAGUAUAAGAAAGUGCAAAUGGUCCGUCUGGUUGGGAUGAUGUUGCUCAUAUUUGCUAAGAAGGAGCAGCUGAGCAGUAUCAGGGAGAUCAUGACGGAUUCUGUGGGCACAGGAAUCAUGGGAAAGAUGGGCAACAAGGGCGGCGUGGCCGUCAGGUUCGUGUUCCACAACACCACCUUCUGCCUGGUCAACUCCCACCUGGCUGCCCACGUGGAGGACUUCGAGCGGCGCAACCAGGACUACAAGGACAUCUGUGCCCGGCUGAGCUUUGUCACCCCCAACGACAGCCUCCCUCAGCUCAGCAUCACCAAACACGAUGUCGUCAUCUGGCUAGGAGACCUGAACUACAGGCUUUGUCUCCCUGAUGCCAGUGAGGUGAAAAGUCUUAUCACCAAGAACGAGCUUCAGAAAUUGCUGACAUAUGACCAGCUGAACAUUCAGCGCACUCAGAAGAAAGCGUUUGUGGAUUUCACCGAGGGAGAGAUUAAAUUCAUCCCCACGUAUAAAUAUGACUCCAAGACAGAUCGCUGGGACUCCAGCGGCAAGUGCCGCGUGCCGGCGUGGUGCGACCGGAUCCUCUGGCGAGGAGGGAACAUCCAUCAGCUCCGGUAUUCCAGCCACAUGGACCUGAAGACAAGUGACCACAAGCCUGUCAGUGCCCUGUUCCGCAUCGGGGUGAAGGUUGUGGAUGAGCAUAAGUAUCGGAAGUUGUUUGAAGACAUUGUUCGUUUAAUGGACAGGAUGGAGAAUGACUUUCUUCCUUCACUGGAGCUGAGCAGGAGAGAGUUUGAGUUUGAGAAUGUGAAGUUCCGUCAGCUGCAGAAGCAGAAGUUCCAGAUCACCAAUAACGGGCAGGUCACCUGUCACUUCUCCUUCAUCCCAAAGCUCAAUGAUAACCACUACUGUAAGCCCUGGCUGCGGGCUGAGCCCUGUGAAGGUUACCUGGAGCCAGAUGAGAGCACAGAGAUCUCACUAGAUGUGUAUGUCAGCAAGGACUCAGUAACCCUUCUGAACUCUGGCGAGGAUAAAAUUGAGGAUAUCCUUGUCCUUCACUUGGACCGAGGGAAGGACUAUUUCCUUACCAUCAGUGGGACCUACCUGCCCAGCUGCUUUGGCACCUCCCUGGAGGCCUUAUGCCGGAUGAGACGGCCGAUCCGAGAAGUUCCAGUCACCAAGCUCAUUGACCUGGGAGAAGACAGCUUCUUAGAAAAGGAGAAAUCCCUUCUGCAGAUGGGCUCCCUGGACACUGGGGAUCCAAGUGAGAUGCCACUGCAGGUGCCAAAGGAGAUCUGGCUAUUGGUCGACCACCUGUUCAAGCAUGGCUGCCACCAGGAGGACCUGUUCCAAACUCCAGGCAUGCAGGAAGAGUUGGAGCAGAUCAUUGACUGCCUGGACACCAGUAUCCCUGAGAAAAUCCCGGGCAGUAACCACUCCGUGGCAGAAGCCCUCCUCAUCUUCCUGGAGGCUCUGCCCGAGCCCGUGGUCUGCUACGAGCUGUACCAGCGGUGCCUGGACUGCUCCCACAGCAGGCGGCUGUGCCGACAGGUGAUUUCCCAGCUGCCUCGUUGCCAUCGCAGCGUCUUUCACUACCUGAUCUCGUUCCUCCGAGAGCUGCUCAAACACUCGGAGGACAACAACGUCGGCGUCGCCAUGAUCGCCGCCUUGUUCUCCAGCCUCCUCCUGCGCCCCCCACCCAACCUGCAGGCCAAGCAGAGCCAGCAGGACCGCCAGCGGGCCAUCGGCUUCCUCUGCAGCUUCCUGCUGGCCGGGGAGGAGGAGUGACCCUGCCGCGGGUCCCGCCCCGGGAGGGGGGCUCUCGGCUCCCCCAGGUGCCGUGUUUACAGGUGGAAGGAAUGCAUUCCCAAAUCCUUCCCAAGGCUGUACCCUGUGCUGCAGAGGACCUGCACGCUCAUUGCACUGCCAUCCACCACGGGAGCCUCCUGCUUUCUCCCGGGGAGCUGGGUGGAUCCAUUGAUACCCAAGCACUGUGCCAGCAGCCCCCUCGUCCCAUCCCAGUGUCACCAGUACCCGACUCAUGCUUCUCUCUCCUUUUCACUCCCAUCCUCCUGGAGCCACUGCGGGGAAGGGUGGAGACUGAGUGCUCUGGUGGGGCCGUGGCACAGAGGGUGCCCUCAGCCUGUGCCCCAUGUCCCUUGUAUGGACUGUGCUGACCAGAGACCCCAGCUCAGCCCCAGGCUGGCACUGGGCGUGUGCCCCUUCUGCCACAUCACUGUGUAAUGGAGGCUGGGCCCUGGCUUUCCUGGGAAGGUUGUCUGGACAUUUGGCCUCUUCCCUGUGCCAGGGCCUUCUCUCCCCUCUCUCAUGUGGCACAGGUCUCUCCCUGUGCUCCAGUCUCCUGCCACCAUCACCUGAGCUCUCCUCUGUCUUUCCCCUGUGACCCAGCUCCCUGCUGGGGCACAGGAUGGUGGGUGACAGGAGGGGCCAGGUCAGGCAGGACAGUGAACUGCCCUCUGCUCCUUCAGGGCUGUCCCUGUGCAUGGUACAGAGCAGGACACAGCUCCUGUCCCCUCCCACCUCUGCUUGCAGAGCUGCAGGUGGGUGACCAGGCAGAGCUGGGGUCAGGGGUCCCUUGGAUGCUGUCCCCUCUCCCCUCCAAGCUGCUACCAGAGGUUACGGACUGGAGAGAGGAGGCAGAAAUCCACCUCGAGACCCAGGAGACCCCCUGUGGGGCAGGUGGGGUGGGUGUUUUUCUGGCAAGGAGGUACUGUAAUGCCAGGGUCACCCACAGCUGAGAGGGGGCACCCCUGGGGGGUGCGAUAGGGAGGCCUGUCCCAUGAAACACUAAGCAGGGUCCUGGCUGGGACUGGGUGGCCUCUGGGUGCCAGAGAUGUGGGGAGGGGGCUGCAGUCCCUGCCCCCCAACGGUGCCUGUGCUCAGCCCAAGGAUGGCCCUGUGGGCCCCAUGUGCUCAGGCUGAGGUGGGGUGGGGGGGGUCCCUACCUUGUGGCUCUUUUUUUUUUUUUUUUUCCUUUAAAAUUUUUAAAUUACAUAAUUUAUUGGGAAACGGUUUGUUCCAAAUAAACCUCUGUUGUGCCA